AGACGACAAUUGAACCGUGCGCGCUUCGCUCGAAGGCGGCGAGAGUUACCCACAAAAAAGCGAAUAAUACCUGUGGAAAGUGAAGAGCCCCAACAAUACAUAAAUAAUUAAACUGGUAGGGUGACAACGAAAACAAUAUCCAAAUCAACAACAAAUUAGUGAAAUCGGCAAAAAAUGAACUUGUUUAUUGCACACGAGAAUAAAAAGUGAUUAGUAAACAACAAAAAACAGAGCGUUCGAAAAUAAAAAUAAAUCAGUUACUAAAACGCGCCACCUAAACCGAAAAGCAAAACAAUAUAUAAUCGUAUAUACCUACACAUGUGUAAAUCAUAUAGAAUUCUGCUUAUUUUUGUCCAUCUCGGCCAUUCUAUUAUUUGUUUUAUCCGACGCUUGUUCGCUUAAUUAAAAACUCUUGGACAAAGCAAACCAAUUGAGAUGCUUUUGGGUGUUUAUGAAUUGGGGAUGGUAAAGAAAACACUUCCCCUACUCUUACAUAAAGUGAUCUAUGAAAUUUUCCACUCAAAAUAAACAAAAGCGCUCAAUAGGCUCUCAUUGUCCCAAAUAUCGUGUAGUUGCAAAGUGCCAUUGCAAACAUCUCGGAAUCAAGUCAAGCAAAGUCAAUUAACGCGACAAUUAGCAGGGGCGCAGAUAAAGAUAGAUGGAUAAACAAAUGGACGUGGACACAUCGUUGUAUAUACAGUUAUAAAUACACAACGACAUUGCCUUAUUAUCGUUGUUAGUGCGAUUCCCUAGCCAAUUGGCUAUUGAGGCAAGUGCAGCUUUGGGAAUCUGUUUAAUUGUAAUGAUUUAUCGCCCAGCCAAGCGCAGCAGAAAGUACUUUGACCCUUUCUAUAUCGGAAUAUACUUUUUUCUCAAACAGCUGAUCGCUGCUGCUCGUUUGAAAUUCGAAAAUACUUUCGUUUGUCGCGAGAAUCGGUUCUAUUCGCAUUUGUUGCCGGGCUUCUGAUGGUCAUUUCAUACUGAACGAGCCUCGCGAACGGUCGUAAAAGGUUGGUGAUUUACGUGAUUUUUCUGGCGUCAAACAGAAAUCGGAAUACAUAUACUUGAAAAACCAACUAUAUCGAAAUGAGGUGGCUGAAAUAAAUAGACCAGGAAUUUAUUACAGUGAUAAAUGGAAACUCAAAUCGAGGAAUUUGAUUUAAACCUUAAUAAUCGCCAGUUUAUAACUUAAUAAUCUUUUAAUAAGUUUUUAAUUCAAACAAUGGAAUAACCUUAAAAAAUAAAAAUGAAUAGAGUCAUUAACUGAUAUUAUUGGCGCUAUCUAUUAAUCCAAAUUGUUUUUUUAAGUGAAAAUAUACAAGCUAAAUGCUUGGUAUAAAUCAGACAUACAAUUUAAUUACAAAUAAUACAAAUAUUUUUGGUCUCCUGUGAUGCAGCCUCAACACGUUGUGAAUACUUUUAGCCAGCUGUCUUGUGAUAAAAAGAAAACAACCAUGGAAAACUUGUGAUACUCGUUUAAACACUCAAAGUACAAGACUCAAAAUAGAAUUUUGUGAUACAAGCUGCAGCUGUGUAAAAGUUGUGAAAAUGGCCGAGCUGAUGCAUCAGAUGCGGGAUCCGGCCCACACGCUUGGCGGUUCCGUGGGCAGCAUUCCGCAGACGCUGAUCGGCGGCGGAGGUGGUGGACACGGCUCCUCGAACGGGGGAUUGAACGGAAUCCAUGCGACACCGGCCACGAAUCUGAAAAUGAGCGAGGCGAUGCGCAGUGCCCAGCAUGACACGAGCCCCAAUCCCGUCAGUUCCAAGAUGAAGGCAUCGAAGUCUUACACCCAUGGUCUGAGCAGCUCCUCGGGCACGGUGAACAUUCCCACGUCCACAUCGGCCCAGAGCAAUCUAUCCCUGCUGGCGGACAUCUCGCCGAACCACACGCACUUCUUCGAGGUAAUGUACGUGGGCAAGAUCCGGGUCUCCCAGAAGCGGGUGCCCAACUCCUUCAUCGACGACGCCCUGCCCAAGUUCAAGGCGUACGACGCCCAGCGCCUGCGGCUCCUACAGAAUCGCAAGAUGUCGCUCAGCAGUGAGGGGGGUGUGGGCAUUGAAGCGAAGCCGGGCAGUUCCCUCAAGAGUCACGACCUCAAGGAGGAGGACGAGGAGGAGCAGGAGCACAAUCAGCGGCAGGGGGAGGAGCCAGAUGCACAGGCGAAGCCCCUCGUGCAGCUGCAGCUGACGGGCGCCGAGGAGGGAGCUGCCCCGCGACCCCUGGAGGACAACAAGGACACCAAAUCCCCCGAGAAGCGGACUCUGCUGAGGGGUCAGAGUCAGAUCGAGCUGGGCCAUAAGGAGCAACCUCAAAGCUCCGACGGCUCUGAGCCACCAGCAUCCAAUAGUCAACUGGAGGCGCCCAAUGUCAUUGUAAACAAACAGCCAACGCCGCCCAGGGAUCAGGGCGUGGCCUCUGGGAUUGGGAGUGGAAAUGGGGGUGCCACUUCCGCUUCUGCUGGCCCUAGUCAGCUGCACCCCAAUUAUGCGAUGGAGAACAUACCAAAGCUGAGGGAUCGGUCCGCCUCGCAGGGCUGCAUUCCGCCAUUUGUGGAGCAGAACCGGACAAUGGUGUUCCUCGUGGGACGAUGCGAUCUCCGCCUGAUCUCGCCGGAUCGCAAGCAGGUGCUGCUCUACAAGGAUUUCAAGGACGUGGCCAGCUGCGUGCAUGGUCAGAAGUCGCUGGAUCAUUUCGGCAUCAUCUGCCGAGAGUUGAAUAACGACGGCUACAUCGGCUACGUGUUCAAAUGCCAGUCAGAGCACGUGUGUGACGACAUUGUGGCCGCCAUUGCCCAGGCUUUCGACACCUGCGCGGAGCAGAAGAAGAAACAGGAAACGCAAAUCUUUAGCUGCGAGCACUGCCCAAUGCUCUGGUAUCACAAACUCUGCACUGAUGUCGAGGGACUCUCCGAGAAGAAGACCCAGGCCCUGAUCCUGCGCCGCAUUGAAACCCUAAACGACGACGAGCAGGAGAUCGUGUGGGCCAAGUUCUGUGGCUCGGAGAAGACCAACUCACCGGUGGCCGAGCAGAACCAGUUCCUCAUGAUGUUGCUAAGGGCACACUGCGAGUCCAGGCAGCAGAGGCAUGUUCACGACACCGCCGAGAAUCGGUCGGAGUUCCUUAACCAGUAUCUCGGCGGCAGCACCAUCUUCAUGAAGGCCAAACGCUCGCUGACCAACUCCUUUGAUAACCUGCUGAAACGCAAGCCCUCCAAGGAUGAUAUUGCCGUGCCGCCGCACAAUUUAAGGGAAAUCAGAGAGGGAUCCGCCGAGCCCCUAGGCACGCAGUCACCUCCAGAGGGCUUUCGGUCGCGAUCAAAUACGGUGGGUGCGAGUCCCAGCAGCAAGCCCACAGCUGAGCAGCUUAAAAGUCCCAUGAUGGACAUAUUCAUCAAGGUGGGAAACAGUCCCAAAGAGGCCGAAACCCACCAGGGGUCCUGGCGCCAAGCGAUACUUAAUAGUGUAGUGACACCCUCGAAGGGUUUGGACAGUGAGGUGCCCACCGAGUUUCUGUCGCCCAUGCGCAAGCCUGUCAAACGAGGCAAGCGGGACGCGGCGGAACUGAGGGAACUGUGGCGCACUGCCAUCCGACAGACCAUAAUGCUUAACCGCAUGGAGACGGAGAACGCCAUGCUGCAGGCACGCCAGAACGAGAACGAGCUGAAGCGCAUCAAACUAGACUACGAGGAGAUCGUGCCCUGCGACAAGCAACUGAUCGAGCGCUGGGAGCAGAUUAUCGAACGCAACUCCACGCAGAUUGGCAACAAAAAGGAUCCCAAGGUUCUGUGUCACGCCAUCCGGACUGGAGUACCGCGAUCAAAGCGCGGCGAUGUGUGGACCUUCCUGGGCGAGCAGCAUUCCAUGAACACGGCUCCGGUUGACACAAAGCGGUUCCCCAACUUCAAUACGCCGUAUCACACGUUGCUGAAACACCUCACGGAGCAUCAGCAUGCGAUCUUCAUCGAUCUGGGCAGGACGUUUCCCAACCAUCAGUUCUACAAGGAUCCUCUGGGAUUAGGGCAGCUGUCGCUGUUUAACCUGCUAAAGGCGUACUCCAUUCUCGAUCCGGAGUUGGGAUACUGUCAGGGUCUGGGUUUCAUCUGCGGCGUUUUACUCCUGCAUUGUGAUGAGGCGAAUGCGUUCCAGCUUUUGAAACACUUAAUGUUCCGACGGAAUAUGCGCACAAAAUACCUGCCCGACAUGAAAAAGUUUCAAUUGCAGCUGUACCAACUCUCCCGAUUGGUCAAGGAUCACUUGCCAGAUCUGUAUGUGUGGCUCGAUCAGAAUGAUGUCUCGCCCACUUUGUAUGCGGCUCCCUGGAUUCUGACCGUCUUCAGCUCCCAGUUCCCGCUGGGAUUCGUGGCCCGCGUCUUCGAUCUGCUCUUCCUGGAAUCCUCCGAUGUAAUCUUCAAGUUUGCCAUUGCUUUGCUAUCAGUGCACAAGCAGCAACUACUGGCAAAGGAUAACUUCGAGGAGAUCAUGGACUAUCUGAAGACCGUGGUGCCUAAGAUGGAGCCCAACUGCAUGGAGCAGAUUAUGAAGCUAGUCUUCGGCAUGGACAUUGGCAAGCAGCUGGCCGAGUAUAAUGUGGAGUACAACGUGCUGCAGGAGGAGAUCACCACCACCAACCAUCAUCUGGAAAUGUUGAACCGGGAAAAGACGCAGAACCAGCAUCUGGAGCAGCAAUUGCAGUUUGCUCAAUCCUCGAUUGCUCAGCUGGAGACCACCCGUUCCUCCCAACAGGCUCAGAUAACCACGCUGCAAUCGCAAGUGCAGUCUCUGGAGCUGACCAUCCAGACCCUCGGUCGGUACGUCGGGCAACUGGUGGAUCACAACCCCGACCUGGAGCUGCCAAACGAGGUCAGACGCAUGCUCCAGCAGCUAGACGACCUGGAACGGCAGCGUCGCAAACCCAUCUUCACCGAGCGAAAGAUCGGCAAGUCCAUUUCCGUCAACAGUCACUUGGGGUUUCCACUCAAGGUGCUCGAAGAGCUGACAGAAAGAGACGAACAUGGUUCGCCACAAAAACAGAAGAAGGAGAAGACACCUUUUUUUGAACAGUUGCGUCAGCAACAGCAACAGCAUCGCCUCAACGGCCAGUCCUCUAAUGCCAGUGAGUCGGUCUCCCCGACGCCCCCGUCGCGACCCAAUCGCCUGCUGGACAAUGCCAGUGCCCGGACCGUCAUGCAAGUCAAGCUGGAUGAGCUGAAGCUUCCCGAACAUGUGGAUAAGUUUGUUGCGAAUAUCAAGAGCCCGUUGGAGGUGGACUCGGGCGUGGGCACACCCCUCAGCCCGCCCAGCACGGCGAGCAACAGCAGCGGAGGGAGUAUAUUUAGUCGCAUGGGCUAUAGGACAACGCCACCGGCUCUCUCUCCGCUGGCCCAGCGCCAGAGCUAUGGAGUGGCCAUUACCACGGCACCGUCUCCCCACCAGAUGGAGGAAGUGCCGCCGGCAACGACAAUGGCCAGUAUGCCACGGGAGGAUGUUGAGGAGCCGCAGGCCAUGCACCCGCUCAGCAUGGUCGGAGGCGAUGUGAACGUGCGCUUCAAGGGCACCACGCAGCUCAAGUCCAUACGUCCGGUGCAUCACAUGCGAGCUAUUCCGCUAGGAGGCGUGCAGCACCAGUCCAGCACGGAGACCGUGGUACGAGUGGCUCCCGUUCCCGUGGAGCUGGCACCGCCCGCGGCCACGGCGACCACCGGUCGCAGCUAACGGUUCUGAUUCAUCGGGAAACUGCUGCGCGGAUUUUAUCGCGAUUAGGGCCCGCAGGCAGAUCGGGCAGCUUAGAAACCCAACGCUACUCAUAACCUCUUCUGUUGCGACUUAGAUACGAUUAACCCAACCAACCUAUAAGAUACAAACUUCAACUACUUCGUUUUCAAAUUGUGUGUAUGUGUCGAUGUGCGCACAAAUUGUUGCCAUAUAUAUUGCCCCGAAAGUUACGCAAUCGUUAUAAACUGAUGCCCCAAAUAUUAUACAACUAUAUAUAUGCUUAUAGGAAUAAAUUGGAUAAUGCUUUUUCAAGGUUUUAUAAAUUUGGCUACCGCAUCAAAAUCGAAGCUUAUAAACUUAGGCGGCAACACGCAAAAAACAACUAAAUCAAAAGAAGCAUUAAUGAGUCUGUAGUUUGUUUUAGUUUCCCCCUUUAUAUUGACUUAAUACUUAACGAAUUUACUUAGUAGCUUACUUGUUGAUUUUCGUGUUUCUUUAGUUUUAGAGCAUUAGUUCUUAAUGUUAUUCUUAAUUUAAUUAUAUUUGUACAUUUCUCCCAGGGUUUUAUUUUGCAAUGUAAACUAAAGUCAGAUACCUAAUGUAUAAAAAAAUUCCGAUGAUACUUGCUUGUACAUUGUUCUUGAGUAGGAUACAACUUUCUGAAAUCUCUUUCAUUAUAAAUAUGGUACUUGGAUUGAAUUGAUUGUUUACAUAUACAUACGAUUAUGAAAUAUAAUUAAUGCAAGCAAAGAAAACAAUAAUUGCUUCUGUGUUAAGUACUUAUGUAUUGCUUAGCUGGACUGUUUUUAUCGAACGUCCAGAGUUUGUGUAGCUGAUUUGUGUUAGAAUAUGAUUAAAACAAACAACAAUUACAUGAAAACAGUAAUAAAGUCAAAAAUUAUUUAAUCAAAA